GAAGCCGGCAAUGUCGAGCCGAGCUUGGAAGCGGUCCUCGUCCUCGUCCUCGUCCUCCCACCCUCCCGCGCAUCCCCUCGACCUCCUAAUUUAACCCCGCACACCGCCUCCCCGGUUCCCGCGUCCCCCCUUUACCCUCCCCUCCUCCUGGCGAUUCCACUCCCAUCCGUCGCCCACCAGGAGGAAGGCCCGCUAGGAGGGGGGAUCGGCGCUCCAUUGCCGCGUGCUUGCUUGCGUGCGUGCGUUGCCCGCUUUUUUUUCCCUUGGUUCCCUGCCUUCUCGGAGGUUCGUUUGGAUUGGCGCCCGGGCCCCCUCCAUCGACGUGCCGCCGCGUUUCUUCUUGAUUUGGAUUUUGGCCUCCGGUGUGGUGUGGUGUGGGUUGGUUGCCUCGGCUGUUCUUGAUUCGGUCGGAAGAUGAUGAAAUGGGGCAUCGGCGGCGGCAGCAGCGGGACGCCGGCGGAUUCGUAUUACGAGGUCCGGUCGGAUUGCACGGACGAUGUGCCCAAGAGCAAAUUCAAGAUCAAGGCAGGAAAAACAUUGAGUGUCCGGAAAUGGCAAGCUGCAUUUAGUGCUGAUGGUUGUCUUGAUAUUGCCUCAGUCCUAAGCCGGAUACAAAAAGGAGGUGUACAUCCAACAGUAAGGGGAGAGGUUUGGGAGUUUUUACUUGGAUGUUUUGAUCCCAGGAGUACCUUUGAUGAGAGGGAGGAAAUCAGGCAAAUAAGAAGACUACAAUAUGCUAGAUGGAAGGAAGAUUGCCGAGAGAUGGAUUCUCAUGUUGGCAGCGGUAAAGUGAUCACAGCACCACUUAUCACUGAAGAUGGUAGACCCAUUAAAGAUCCUUUGGUUUUACUUGAGGCUACAUCCCAAAACACUUCAGACAGUACUUCCACAAGCAGCAAAAAUGCAAUUGAAGUAGAUGAUUCUGCAACCCGUAUUACAGAUAAGCACAUUAUUGACUGGAAGCUUACUUUGCAUCAAAUCGGACUUGAUGUGCUACGUACAGACCGCACCAUGGUAUUCUAUGAGAACAAAGAAAAUCUUUCCAAGUUGUGGGAUAUUCUAGCUGUGUAUGCUUGGAUUGACAAAGAUGUUGGUUACUGUCAAGGAAUGAGUGAUUUAUGCUCGCCAAUGAUUGUGCUACUCAACGAUGAAGCAGAUGCCUUUUGGUGCUUUGAGAAAUUGAUGCGCAGAUUGCGAGGAAAUUUCAAAUGUACGGAUCAAUCUGUGGGGGUGGCCAAUCAACUUCAGUACCUUGCAUCUAUUAUUCAGGUGCUUGACCCAAAGCUACAUGACCACCUAGAAACACUUGGUGGAGGUGACUACCUUUUCGCAUUUCGUAUGUUCAUGGUGCUGUUUCGGCGUGAAGUGUCAUUUGGGGACUCCUUGUAUCUUUGGGAGAUGAUGUGGGCCCUGGAAUAUGAUCCUGACAUCUUCUUUGCCGCUUGUGAAGAAGCAAGUUCUCACAAAAGUAAAAUAUCUAAAUCAAAAUUGAGAGGGGUCCGCCAUUUUACCAAGCGGGAUAAAGAUAAAGAUAAUACGAAAAAUGGAGCUGAAGAUACUGAAGGUCCAGUUCCAAUUUCAGUUUUCAUGGUUGCAAGUGUUCUCAAGGAAAAAAGAGAAAAGCUAUUACAGGAAGCUAGAGGACUGGAUGAUCUUAUUAGGAUUCUGAAUGAUGUAAAUGGAAAUUUGGAUGCUAAAAAGGCUUGUGCUGGUGCUCUGAAGCUUCAUAAGAAAUACCUGAAAAAAGUACAGGCAAAGAAACCCCAAACUGUACUAUUUAAUCUCACUGGGUGAUUCAUUACCAUGUGGACAAUACAAAACUAUACUUGACAGAAAAAAAAUGGUGAGUUCCAAGUUCUGAAAUGUAGUCGCCAUCGAUCGGAAAUUGGCCUGGACUAGACUGGCUUGUGAAGUUACCAGCUAGUCCGUCCGAUAUUA